AUGUUGGCAAAGUUGAAUGUCAACUUGCCUCUGUUGGACGUGAUUAGAAACGUCCAAGCCUACGUAAAGUUCUUUAAGGAGUUGACCUCCAAGAAGAGAAAGUUCGUGGACAACGAGAAGAUUCUUGUGUCCGAGGUUGCAAACUCCAUCAUGCAACAACCUUUGUCACCCAAACAACGUGAUCCAUGUAGUUUUGUCACCAAUAUUGCUUUGAGGAAUGGUAAGGAAGCAUCGGGGAUGCUUGAUUUGGGGGUCGAGAUAAACUUGAUGUCGUAUUCUAUUUUUAAACAACUAGAGUUAGGCAAUUUGAAACCCACUCGAAUGUGCUUGCAAUUGGCAGAUAGAUCGGUGAGGUAUCCUCGUGGGGUGGUUGAGGAUAUUCUUGUUAGAGUGGAUGGAUUGAUUGUGCUUAUGGACUUUGUUGUGCUAGAGAUAGGAGAAGUGCAUGAGAAUGACAAAGAACAUACUUUAUUACUAGGAAGACCAUUAAUGACCACUACUAACAUGUUGAUUGAUGUUAAAAAUAGAACAAUCAAAAUGACCGUGUUAGGAGAGCCCGUGUCCUUUUCCGUGCAUCAUAGUCGUGUUAUGCCAUCAUCUACUUUUACUAAUGAAUGUUCUUACAUAGAUGCUAUUGAUGGCUUCGCCGAGAUGGUUUUUGUGCAAGAGCAAAAGAUGGUUGAGGUUUUUGCAGAAUCGGCGGACAUGGAGGAGUUUGCUCGGGAAGCCGAGGAAAGAGAGAGAGAACGAAAGGACAAACUCCCCAUUGAUGAGCCCGUGGUGCCUGAAGAUGCCACGAAGAGUAAGAAGCCGAAAUUGGAGCACAAGAAGCUCCCCAAAAACCUCAAGUAUGUGUACUUGGAAGAUAGCAAUGAGAAGCCCGUGAUCAUUUCCUCCGAGCUCACUCCUGGGCCAGAAAUGACGUUGAUGAAGGUGUUGAAGAGAAAUUCUUAA